AUGUGGCGGGCGCUGCUGCUGCUGCUACUGCUGCCGCCGACAGUGCUGCGCCCGAGCCGGGCAGGGCCUCCCCAGGAGAGGGUCCCGCUCUUAUGGCUCACUCAGCAGAGCUCCUGGGGGAGCGGUGGCAGCAACGCCACCGGCUCGCCCUGCGAGGGGCUCCCGACGGCGGGGGCCACGGCCUUGACCUUGACGAACCGCAGCCUGGAGCGCCUGCCCAGCUGCCUGCCACGCACGCUGAGCAGCCUCGACGGCAGCCACAACCUGCUGAGCGCCCUGAGCGCGCCGGAGCUCGGCCACCUGCCGCAGCUGCAGGUGCUGACGCUGCGCCACAACCGCAUCGCCGCGCUGCGCUGGGGCCCGGGCGGGCCGGCCGCGCUGCACACGCUGGACCUCAGCGACAACCGGCUGGCCGCCCUGCCGCCGUGCGCCGGGACCGCGCUGCGCAGCCUCCGCGCGCUGGCGCUGGCCGGGAACCCGCUGCGGGCGCUGCAGCCCCGGGCCUUCGCCUGCUUCCCCGCGCUGCAGGUCCUCAAUCUCUCCUCCACCGAGCUGGGCCGCGGCGGCCAGGGGGGCAUCGCCGAGGCGGCGUUCGCAGGAGCGGGCGGCGCGCCCCUGGCCGCGCUCGAGGUCCUGGAUCUCAGCGGCACGUUCCUGGAGCGGGUUGAGUCCGGGUGGAUUAGAGACCUGCCAAAGCUCACGUCUCUCUACCUGAGGAAGAUGCCCAGGCUGAGGAUCCUGGAAGGGGACAUUUUCAAGAUGACCCCCAACCUGCAGCAGCUGGAUUGUCAAGACUCGCCAGCACUCACUGCUGUCCACACACACAUCUUUCAAGACACCCCUUGCCUCCAGGUCCUUCUGUUCCAGAACUGCAACUUGAGUUCCUUCCCUCCUUGGACCCUGAAUUCCUCCCAGGUCUUAUCCAUCAACCUCUUUGGCAACCCCCUCACUUGCAGCUGUGAGUUGUCCUGGCUCCUCAUGGAUGCAAAGAGAGCUGUUCUAAGCAGGGCAGCAGACACUGUGUGCGUGCCAGCUGCGGGAUCCAGAGGCCCCUUCUCGGCCCCUCUUUCCCUCUCCCAGCUACCGGAUGUGUGCCAGUGGGACCAAAGCACCACCCUCUUUGCUUCAACCCCACCGUCCUUGCCCCGCACCUACCAUGCACCAUCUGCACAGGGUCCCUCCACCCCGCUGGGCUCGGCCGCCUUCACCCUACCUGCAGGAGGCCCACCGAGCGUCUCCACGCCCCUCUCCCUCCCUCUGGAUUCCUUCACCCGAGCUGCAGAGCUGCACGGCCAUGACGAGGCGGGGACUACCCCGUCCACUACCAACUCUACAGCAGGUCACAGCAGCUCCAGCGUUCCGCCCAGAGCUGUCAGCACGGCCGGGACAGAGCACCGAGGAGGACACGCUGCCGGGCACUUCCAUGAGCCUCCUAUCUCAGCCGCCUCCACCCCAUUGACCAGCAAACGCCUUAGUCCCUUCCCUACCUCGUGGAACCCCGUGAGCACGCCUCAGCCCAACCAGAGGACACAGGCCACCCCCCAGCCUCCCCACCCGAGUCCUUCCGAGGCCGGGAUUCCAAUCCUCCUAUUGGACGACUACAGGGAGGAGGAGGAAGAGGGGACAAUGGAGGGGGUGGAAGCGCCUCCGCAGGAUGUGCCUUGUGACUACCACCCCUGCAAGCACCUGCAGACCCCGUGCGCGCAGCUGCAGAGGCGCCAGCGGUGCCGCUGCCCCGGCCUCAGCGGGGAGGACACCAUCCCGGACCCUCCCAAGCUGCAGGGGGUGUCGGAGAUGACCGACACGUCGGUGCUUGUCCACUGGUGUGCCCCCAAUUCGGUGGUGCACGGCUACCAGAUCCGUUACUCCGCAGAGGGCCGGGCGGGGAACCAGUCGGUGCUGGGGGGCAUCUACGCCACGGCCCGGCAGCACCCUUUGUACGGGCUGUCGCCGGCCACCACGUACCGCGUGUGCGUGCUGGCUGCCAACAGGGCGGGCCUGAGCCAGCCGCGGGCCUCGGGCUGGAGGAGCGGGUGCGUCGUCUUCACCACCAAGCCCAGCUUCGUGCUCAUCUUCGCGGGGCUGUGCGCCGCCAGCGGACUGCUGCUCGUCAGCACCCUGGUGCUGGCCGCGUGUCUCUGCAGGCGGAGCCGCAGCACGCCACGCCGGCAGCAACACGACACGCGCCUGGUGGCCUACAAAAACCCGGCCUUUGACUACCCGCUGAAGCUGCAGACCUGCAGUUAG